GGAGGGUGUACGCCAACAAUCUUGGUUUGCGGCACAGAUGAUCUUAAUCCAUGACAAGCUUGACUCUACCUUUUUUUGCCCCUUUGUUUCUCCUAAACAAAAAACCACUCAAAUUUUCCCCUUUUUUUUCAAUUUUUUUUUUAAAAAAAUUCCAUUUCAUAUUUGAUUCUCUUUGCUUUCCAUCCUUCUUUUUCCUCUUAGAACAAAAUCCCAGUUUCCCCACCAAGCUUUUUCCCUUGAAACCCCUAAUUUAUUCAAAGUUUUGAUCUUUACCUAUUUUUUCUGGGUUAUUUGAUUAGGGUUUGUCAAAUUAGUAGUCUAGAUCAAGAAUUUCAAUCUGGGUAUUCAUGGCUGAGCUUGAAGAGAUUGGUCCUGAUUACGAUUCGGAUAUAGAGGUUGAUGAGCUAAGGUGUGGGAACAUUGCGGAGAAAGAUGUUAGUGAGGAAGAGAUUGAACCGGUGGAGUUGGAAAAACGAAUGUGGAAAGAUCGAAUUAAGCUUAAACGGAUUAAGGAGAGAGAGAAACUUGAGGCUCAGCGGGCUGCUGAGAAGCAAAAGCCUAAGCAGACGAGUGAUCAGGCGAGGAGGAAGAAAAUGUCCCGAGCUCAGGAUGGGAUUUUGAAGUAUAUGUUAAAGUUGAUGGAGGUUUGCAAAGCUCGGGGUUUUGUGUAUGGGAUAAUUCCUGAAAAGGGCAAGCCUGUUAGCGGUUCAUCCGAUAAUAUAAGGGCGUGGUGGAAGGAGAAGGUGAAAUUUGAUAAGAAUGGGCCCGCUGCUAUAGCUAAGUAUGAUGCUGAGUGUUUGGCGAUGAGUGAGGGAGCUAAUAAUGGGAAUGGAAACGGACAAAGCACACUUCAGGACUUGCAAGAUGCGACUUUGGGGUCGCUUUUGUCAUCUUUGAUGCAACAUUGUGAUCCACCGCAAAGGAAGUAUCCUCUCGAGAAGGGUAUUCCUCCACCAUGGUGGCCUUCUGCCAAUGAAACUUGGUGGUCUAAACUAGGUUUACCGAAGGGUCAAAGCCCUCCGUAUAAGAAACCGCAUGAUCUUAAGAAAAUGUGGAAAGUUGGGGUUUUGACUGCUGUAAUCAAGCAUAUGUCACCUGAUAUUGCUAAGAUACGAAGACUCGUGAGACAAUCUAAAUGCCUACAAGACAAGAUGACUGCUAAGGAAAGUUCAAUUUGGCUCGGGGUUUUGAGUCAGGAGGAGUCCCUUAUUCGGCAACCAAGCAGUGAAGUUGGAGCUUCUGGUGUUACAGGGAGUCCACCUGGCCCUCGUGGUGAAAAGAGGAAACCUGCUGCUAGUAGUGAUAGUGAUUAUGAUGUUGAUGGCAUUGAUGAUGGUGCGAGGUCUGUUUCUUCGAAAGAUGGAAGGAAAAACCAACAAAGUGAUGCAGAAACAAUUGGUGAACCGUUAAAUAAUGCACAUUCUUCUGUGCGGAGUAAGACCCCGGUUGAGAAACAAACUAAAAGAAAACGACCACGUGGGAAAGCAAGUUCUAGUGAUCCGAAAACCAAACCGUCUAACGAUGAUCAGCUGAUGGCGAUGCCACUUAGUGAGUCGCAGGCUGCACCAUCUACGAACAACAAUUUAGGCGAUGAACUUGUAGCACCUGUCCCAGAUGCGAACCAUAGUAAUGCAGACUUAAAUGGUUUCCCGAUGCAUGAUAACCAGCAGGAGAAUGGCUUAUUUAUUGAUCCCUUGAUGCCUACAGACAAUGAUCUCUUGGGUCAAUACCACCCUCCAACGUCAGAUUAUAGUCAGUUCAGUCACUUUUCUAAUGUUCGUCCUCCCAACAUGAUGCCUGAACAGAAUAUGUUUGUAGGAGGCGAAUACUUUCAUCAUCCGACGGUUCAAAAUACUGAUUUACAACAUGGUGAUUCUUAUUAUAAUGGUUCAGUUCAAUACGGGCAAAGACAUGAUGAACAAAGAUUGCAACAUACCGUCAGUGAACCCCAGUCAAGACAGGAAGCUGUUGGAAUGCAUCUUCCGGCACUUAGCACAAUUGGAAAUGAGAUCAAUGGAGGCUCCUUGCAAAAUUUUUCUGUUGACAGAUCAUUUGAUGAAUCUCCAUUUACGGGCCAUACUAUUACAGAUGAUAUAUUUGAUUUCCCUUGGAUUAAUGAAGGCUUUACGCUUGAUGAUUGCCCAACGCUUGAUGAAGACGACUUUUUACUAUACUGUGGAGCUUAGAAUAAUGCGGUGGUUUUUUUCGCAACUUUAACUGUGACACUCUGGCUCAAAUUUUCGAAAAGAUGCGGUUUGGAGGUGGGAUAUGUAGGUUGUAUAGUAAUCAGCAUGAUUAGUCCUUAAUGUUGUAAGUUGGUAGAUUAGUUUCAUUCAUUUAUAAAGUCCCAACAACGAAACAAGGAUAGAAUAACUGUGACUGGUUUUUACUUUGGUGGAAGUCUCUUUUGUUUUAAUGGGUUAUUCAUGAGACCCAUCUGAAUAUCAUAAAUUUGUCAACUAUACCUUACCGAAACCUUACAUGCAUUAGUUGAAUUUAGUAAACGCAGUUGCUGCUUUCUGGCCUCUGGGUCAAAUUCUUUUUAUCUUGUUCAUUGCUUGUUCAUCCCAUAGUAUCUUUAUAUUUAUUUGUUUUGGUCCAUGUACUCGACCCCAUAAGAUUGAAAAUUUCGGGAUUGUAAACUGUCGAUUCCAAAUGGAGGGAUGGUUGUAAUUUCAGAUAAUUGUUACCUUACCUAUCGGUGUUACGCUCCUAUGAAGGCUUCUAUUUUGUAGUACACUACUAUGUAUAUAUCCUUCUUGAAGUCGGGGUUUGGUAGAAUAUGGUGGCGAGAGUUUUAAUAUACUCCUAUAUUACUCGGACUUGUUCAUUUAUGUUCGAUAUGGAUAUUUUAAAGUAUUUGACUUGACUAUGCAAUGAGAGAAAUCCAAGAUUUUGAAAUUGAAGAGUCCAACUGUUAUACAAUUUUUUAAAUUAAUUAAUGUCCGAUGUGGGUACUUGAGAUUAAUUGACGAAGAUGAAUAAACUAAGGUUGCGAUUCCUCGCAAAAGUUGAAACCCAUUCUCCAGAAAAUUCAGGAAUUUUCACAAGAACAUGAAGUCAUGACCCAUGAUCCAGAUGCCCAAGGGAGCUUCGCAUAGACCCCUUAUAAUUCAUAAGGCUUUUAAAGAGAAUAUUUUUCUUAUAAAAAAAUAUUCAGAAUAAUCUAACUUUUUC